GAAAGUGAAAGCUUACACAGAGACACUAUAUGCAUGAGCAGCAAGCAUCAUCACACACCCACCCGCCUUCUGUGCAUAUGCAAAUCAAAUCACCCAUCUUUGUCCUCAAUUGUUUAAUCAAAUUUCAAUAAUUUAAAAAUCAAAGCUAAGCUCUGGUUGUGGGUUUGCCAGAGAGUCUGGAAGGGAAUAAAGGCUUCUUCUUCUGCUACAAGAAUCUUUUUCCUUUUUCUUUUUUAUGGGCUUCUCUUUAGACAUUCAAAAGAAGCAGCACAUGAAAUAACUGGCAAAAUAAUAAGUUUUUCUUGGUGUUUUCUUUCAUUCUUGAGGGAGACUAAAAGAAAAUGAGAAAAAGAUGAAAGGGUUGGCCCAUUUCUGGUAUUUCCAGGUCACUUAGCUGUGAUUUAUGACUGCUACAAAUUUCUUCCAACCCGUGUCACUAAAUUGUCUUUGCUUGCAAGAGACUGUUAUGUGUCAGAAGGAUUUGUAAUCUCUUGAUUGACUUGUUGCUUAUUGUAUGGCUCUUGACUUUCUGGAUUUUGCUGAAGUUGUUUGGUAAUGAGAACUGUGUUUGAUUUAACAUUUGGGUUUUCAUUUUCAUUCUCUUUGAAGAUUGGAAAUUGAUUCUUGAUUGAGUUUUGACUAUUGUGGUAGUGUAGAAUGCAAGAAAACUUGCAAUAUCUGAACUGGGUUUUGAGGCAUUUUUGAAGAUUUUGUCCUAUUCGUGGAGAAUUCCUGUUGAGUUAAAGAAGAAGCAUCGGUGGAGUGGAAAAGCUGAGCAGUAUUUCAAGACAAACCGGGUGGUUUUUUUCGAUUAUGAGCUAAAAAGUGAAGCUGGUUUCCCUGGAGGAAUCUUGCAGAUAAUGCUCGUCUCCUAGUCCUCAAAAGCUCUGCAAUAUUUUUCUAUGAUUUUUUGUACCGGUUCUGUAAUAUCAUGGCAAAGACAUUCCAGCAUUCUGCAAUCUCAGUUUUCACCAUCAUUUUGCUUUUAAUCGAACAUUCAGAGCAGCUUCAAACCUCCCAGGGUCAGACCCUUGUAAGAAUUCAGCGGCUUCUUAGCUAUCCAGACAUUCUUAAUGGUUGGAAUAGCACCUCAGAUUUCUGCAAUAUCGACCCAACUUCAUCUGUUACCGUGGUUUGCUAUGAGGACACUAUCACACAACUGCAUAUCAUUGGCAACAAAGGAUCUCCUAUGUUGCCUAGGAACUUUUCAAUUGAUUCAUUUGUGACCACACUUGUUAGCCUUCCAGACUUGAAAGUCCUGACAUUGGCUUCUUUAGGCUUAUGGGGUUCCCUGCCAGGUAAAAUUGCUCGGUUGUCGUCGCUGGAAAUAAUGAACAUGAGUUCCAAUUUCCUGUAUGAUCCCAUACCUAAAGAUCUAUCAUCACUAACUAGCCUCCAGACACUCAUACUUGAUGAUAACAUGUUUUCUGGUGAGUUACCACAUUGGCUGGGUUCAUUACCGCUCUUGACUGUUUUGAGUUUGAGGAAAAAUAUGUUCAACGGGUCAUUGCCAAGUUCAUUUAAUGCUUUGGAAAAUCUUAGAGUUCUUGCGCUUUCGCAUAACUACUUCGAUGGAGAGGUGCCGGAUUUUAGCAGUUUGACAAACCUUCAAGUGCUUGACUUGGAAGAUAAUGCUUUUGGACCCCAGUAUCCACAACUUGGAAAAAAGUUGGUUACUCUUGUACUGAGCAAGAACAAGUUCAGGGAUGGACUCCCAGAUGAAGUGAGCUCCUACUAUCAGCUUCAUCAUCUAGACCUAUCACACAAUAAAUUUGUGGGGCCAUUUCCACAAUAUUUGUUAUCAUUGCCCUCCAUAACUUAUCUAAACGUUGCAGACAAUAAGUUCACGGGAGUUCUUUUCGAAAAUCAAUCUUGCAGUGUUGAACUUGAAUUUGUUGAUCUGUCCUCAAAUCUUAUAAGUGGACACUUGCCCAAGUGCCUUAAGUCAGAUUCUAAAGAAAAGAUAAUGUAUGCUGGGAACUGUCUAGCAACUAGGAAUCAAAAUCAACAUCCACUUGCAUUUUGUAGGAAUGAAGCACUAGCUGUAGGAAUUUUACCCCAGCACAAGAAAAGGAGACGAGAUUCUAACAUUAUUGCAUUGGGCGUAAUUGGAGGGAUUGUUGGAGGAAUUGCACUUGUUGGUUUGAUUUUCUUGGCUGUGAAAAAGGUGAAUUCCAGGAAGACAAUCAAGAGACCUACAACAAGACUAAUUUCAGAGAAUGCAUCAACUGGGUACCCCUCAAAGUUACUCUCAGAUGCAAGGUAUAUAUCUCAAACAAUGAAGCUGGGAGCACUUGGUAUUCCGGCUUAUCAUACCUUUUCAUUGGAGGAGCUCGAGGAGGCUACGAACAACUUUGAUACAUCUGCUUUCAUGGGUGAAGGCUCUCAAGGGCAGAUGUACAGGGGCCGACUUAAGAAUGGUUCCUACGUUGCCAUUAGGUGCCUAAAAAUGAAAAGAAGUUACAGCACCCAAAACUUUAUGCACCAUAUAGAGCUGAUUUCCAAACUGAGGCAUCGACAUUUGGUCAGUGCUCUUGGACACUGCUUCGAAUGUUACUUGGAUGAUUCAAGUGUCAGCAGGAUAUUUCUUGUAUUUGAAUAUGUACCAAAUGGCACACUAAGGAGUUGGAUCUCAGAGAGACGUGCCAAACGAACACUUAAUUGGGCACAACGAAUAGCAGCUGCAAUAGGAGUAGCAAAGGGCAUCCAGUUUUUGCAUACAGGGAUUGUGCCAGGUGUAUAUUCAAAUAAUCUGAAAAUAACAGAUGUUUUGCUGGAUCAGAACCUUGUUGCAAAAAUUAGCAGUUACAACCUCCCUUUAUUAACAGAGAACACAGGAAAGGUUGUCCAUCGAGUUUCUUCUGUUGGAUCCAAAGAUUCUAGCACCAGUUCAAGGACAAAUCAAGAAGAGAAGAUUGAUGUGUAUGAUUUCGGAGUAAUAUUACUUGAAAUCAUUGUAGGGAAACCAAUGAACCACAGGAAUGAAGUGGAUGUCCUAAAAGAUCAGUUACAAGCUAGCAUCACUAGCGAUGCUGCUGCUCGAAGGAGCAUGGUUGAUCCAGCUGUUCAGAGGGGGUGUUCGGAUCAGUCAUUGAAGACAAUGAUGGAGGUCUGUGUAAGGUGCCUGCAGAAGAACCCGGCAGAUAGACCUUCAGUCGAGGAUGUGAUAUGGAACUUGCAAUUUGCUGCUCAAGUUCAGGACGGAUGGCGGGGAGAUUCUAGUGAAGGCUCCCCGGGCUCGCCUUCACAUCCUCCACAACUACACCUUAUGCUUCCUUAGCAGCAAUAUGCAGGAAGUGACAAUUACCAGAGGAAAUGAGGAGGCAAGAAUGUUGAAAAUGACAACUUACACAUAGAGCUUUUCUUGUCAGUCUUCUUCUCUGGACAACUUCCCUGCCAUCAUUUUGUUCCUUAUCUCUUUUGCUUUGUGACUAUCAAGGUAGUAAUUUUCUCGACGGCCAGUUUACUGUUGAGAAUUUAUGUAUACCAAUUUUAGAAGAAAGAAAAAAAAAUAGCAAUAUGCCCUCAAAAAGGCAGAUUGCACAUCAUGUAUUUACUCAAGCUCUUCCUGAGUGCUGUAUAUGUUCUGCAUUUAAAUGACAUUUUGCACCCACUUGAACA